AUGGCUGGCGCCAAGCUUCGCGGGAAGACGCUUGGCCUCGUCAUCGGCGUUGUCGGGGCCGUCGGAUUUGUGCUACAGGGCUACGACCAGGCUGUUGCUAAUGGACUGUUGACAUUGGGAUCUUUCAUUGCUGUUUUCCCACAAAUUGACACCGUCAACACCAAGGGUGCGCAACAAUCCCACAAUAGCACUAUUCAGGGUACGACGGUCGCUAUCUAUGAAGUCGGGUGCGCUCUUGGCGCCCUGGUCUGUGCCUGGCUUGGAGAUAGACUUGGGCGUCGAAAAACAAUUUUCCUGGCUGGCUGCGUUGCUCUGGCUGGCAUCAUUAUUCAGGCGAGUCCGUUCGCGCUUGGCCAGCUUAUCGCCGGUAGAGUUAUUACUGGUACAGUCUGCACCACAAUUAAGUCCCGGCACGAUAGGUUAACAUAA